AUGGCUGCGAUUAGAAAGAAGUUGGUGAUCGUUGGCGAUGGAGCUUGCGGAAAGACUUGUCUGCUGAUCGUCUUCUCCAAGGAUCAAUUCCCAGACGUGUAUGUGCCGACUGUCUUCGAGAACUACGUCGCCGACAUUGAGGUCGAUGGCAAGCAGGUCGAACUUGCUCUCUGGGAUACAGCCGGACAAGAGGACUACGAUCGUCUUCGUCCACUCUCGUAUCCAGAUACGGACGUCAUUCUGAUGUGCUUCUCGAUCGAUUCGCCAGACUCGUUGGAGAACAUUCCAGAGAAAUGGACACCAGAAGUCAGGCAUUUCUGCCCCAACGUGCCAAUCAUUCUCGUCGGAAACAAGCGAGACUUGCGCAGCGAUCCACAAACCGUCAGAGAAUUGGCCAAGAUGAAGCAGGAGCCGGUCAAGCCAGAGCAGGGAAGAGCCAUCGCUGAGCAGAUUGGAGCAUUCGCCUAUUUGGAGUGCUCUGCCAAGACUAAGGACGGAAUUCGUGAGGUAUUCGAGAAGGCGACACAAGCAGCAUUGCAACAGAAAAAGAAGAAGAAGAGCAAGUGCAUGAUCCUCUAA